AUGCCUCUGAAGCGCGUUUUCUCCCCAGCGACGAAACCUCCGCCAGACUCAUCUUUGCCCCGUUCGGACUGGGCUCUGCGACCUGUCUAUUCGGCUGCUUCGAGAGUUGACCUCGAGAAGGAGGAAUCCGCCUUGAGCCUGUUGAAAAACGAUAGCGACCUCAAGGAUGCCGACAUGGUGGCUGUCGUCAUGGGACCGACGGGGGCCGGCAAGUCGAGGUUCAUUGCUGAGGCCUCGGGGCUCAGUGUCGACAUUGGCGACUCUCUCCACUCUGAAACGAGAACCGUCCAAGCAUAUCACUUUGAGCACCAUGGAUCUCAUGUGGCCCUGGUUGACACGCCAGGGUUCGAUGAUACCCACCGCCCUGAUACUGCCAUCUUCCGAGACCUUUCAGCCUGGCUCGCCGCGCGGUAUCAGGAGAAAACUCGCCUCAUGGCAAUCAUCUACAUACAGCCCAUCACAUUGACAAGGGUGUCUGGCAGCAUCCUCCGGAACUUGACAGUGAUGAAGCGAAUGCUAGGUGUCCAAAGUUUCCCUCAUUUGACCUUGGUCACUUCCAUGUGGGACACUAUCGAUCCUUCUUUGGGCGAGAAGCGUGAGGCAGAGCUCCAAGCCAGUUUCUGGUCUGAUUUGGUCCAGUUUGGAGCCAAGACCGCUCGAUUCAGUGGUGAUGCCACCUCUGCGGCCAAAGUCCUGGAUACAGCGUCGUCCAAAGAUGAGAUUUUAAUGACCAUCCAGCGCGAGCUCGUGGACCAGGGUCUGACUCUGGAUCGAACCGCCGCCGGUACUUAUUUGGACAGCGAGAUUUUAGGUCUGAUUGACGCUGCUAUCCAGGACCCUUCCCGGAAAGGCCUUUCUAGCCGCCUGCUCAGCAAAUUGGGCGGGAGGGGAAGCGAGCCUGGGAGAGCUGACAAGCAACAGGAGCUCGAACAACUCGGCCCUCAACGCUAUCUCAAAGCAUCUUGGGAUCCUGACUACGGUUCUCUCUGGCUGGAACCUGCCGCGCCUCCACAGCCCAUAUGGGACGCCGGCAUCUACACAACUCUUCAAGAAGACCAGUUCCGCCUCAUCGAGCUCAAGGCGGGCGAGGGAAGCGCGCCGUUGGAGAUAGAACUUGUCGUUAAGAGCUUCUCUCAAGCUUCCAAAUAUGUGGCGUUGUCUUAUGUCGUGGGGACUGACCACAAGCUGAAGCAGCUCGGCUUGCGGUUUCAGAAGUCCCUAUUCAAGCAUGAGAUUGCCGAAAACUUGCAUUCUGCAUUGUCCCACCUGCGGCAGCCUGGUAUAGAUAUUGCAAUAUGGGUGGACGCUCUGUCCAUCAAUCCUGCCAGCCCUGAUGAGAGAGCCCGGCAAAUCCGCAAGAUGAGUCGUAUUUUCCGGCACGCUGACAAUGUCUGCAUUUGGUUGGGCGAGGAAGACGAGAACAACAGGAAAGCCAUGGAUCUUGCCCAGGGAAUCCUCGAUUUUGACUACUUUGAAGCCGCACUGAGCGAUCCCUCCGUCACCGAGAAUUUUCUCCAGCUCGCCAACCUGAUGGGCAACCCCUGGUUUCGCCGGCGUUGGUGCGUCCAGGAGAUCCUUCUGGCAAAGUCGGCCACGAUCCAUUGCGGACAUCGAGUGAUGUCUUGGCUCGACUUUGUGGAUGCUGUCACGCUGCUCCGUCCACGAUGGAUCGAGAUCCAGCACCGCGUGGACGGCAAAACUCGACACAGGCUGGGGCAUGCAUAUCUGAUUGGGGCUGUCGCGUUGAUUGAAGUGUCGGCCAAGAUACUCCGAAGGACUCCCAACGGCGACGUGAUUGAUAGACUGCUCGAUCUCGAGACGCUUCUGUCAAUGCUGCCCACGUUCGAGGUCACCUUCAUGCACGACACCAUUUACGCCAUCUACGAUCUCGCGCGCGACGUGGCGGGGACCAAUAGGCUUCAGGUCGACUAUUCCAAGGAGCCGCGAGAUCUGUUCCGCGAGGCCACAGAGUUUAUUGUCAAGAGUUCGGGCUCGUUGGAUAUCAUCUGUCAGCCGUGGGCGCCCAAGGCCGGCCUCCCCUCCUGGAUCCCCACUACAGAGAAGCUUCCAUACAGCCUCAAACCGCGACCCCAGGGCACGGUAGGGAGUGCUGAGGUUCUGGGGGCGCUGCGCAGUGCUGUGGCGGCUGGCAAGACGCUCACUGGCUUCUCUGCGCAGAGCACUCUCCCGGUGUACAUUCGCAAAAACGGUUGUGUGCUCGUGGGGACGCCUGACUCGCGAAGCUACCGUGCGUGCGGCCACUAUUCGUCGCGCGGCCAUGUCGAAUUUCGCGCCGAGGGCUCACAACUGGUGCUCUCGGCCCGAGGCAUUCCCAUCGGCACGGUCGCCGUCCACGGCGGCGAAUGCAUCAACGGCAACAUCCCUUCCCGCUGGAUGGAGCUGGGCAUGUGGGACGAGCUCGACACGCACCCUGUUCCCCCAGUGUUCUGGCGCACCUUGGUCGCGGACCGCGGACCCGACGGCUUACCCGCGCCUGGGUGGUAUAAGCGGGCGUGCGAGUUCGCGUUCCGCAGAAACGCCAGCGCCCACAUCGACGUCGAGGAGCUCUAUAGCCUGACUGAGUCUUCGCACGUGCGCGAGUUUCUGCGACGGGUACGCGACGUGUGUUGGUCGCGGGCACUGGUGAGUAUGAGCCCGUCCAAUGAUCCCACAGCGGUAGGGAGGUCUUGCGGUGGUGGUGUUGCCUCGUCGUCACUAUCGCCGCAACCAGCACCGAUAAUCAGUCUCUGCCCGCCCGAAACCAGCAUCGGCGACGUGGUCGCCAUCCUCUACGGCUGCAGCGUGCCCGUGGUGCUCCGGCCCCAGGUGUCAUCGUCGUCAUCAUCGUCUUACUAUACGCUGAUCGGCGAGUGUUUUGUAUACGGUUUCGUGGACGGCGAGAUCAUGACCGACGACAACAAGAGCCGACUCUGUUCGCGUGUCUAUGACAUUAUCUGA